AUGGCUGCAUUUGGCCCCAACGCAAUGCUUCAUGCCCAAUUCCCAACCCCCAUCAUUCGCCAGGAGCUGCAGAAGUCUAUUGAGAAUAAAGCUCUUGCUGAUAUCGACGACUCAAAGACGACCGUUCUCGUGGUAACGGGCUCCAAGGACAAGGAAAAGAAUGCUGAUAUAGUUAUUGCAUUUGCAAAGUGGUCACACCCUGUCCUUCCCGGCGAAGACUACAUGGAACCGGCCUGGGUUUGGCCAGAAGGCACCGAUCUCAAGGUUCUGGAAGCUUGGACUGCUAAAGCCGCCGAAGCAGAGAGCCGUUCCAUUGGAGAUGCCCCUUGCUAUCGACUCACGUUUAUCGGUACUGAUCCUGCCUAUGGUCAUCAAGGGGCUGGCCACCUCCUCCUAAAAUGGGGCAUCGAGCAGUGCCACGGGAACGGGUCACCUUUAUACCUGGAGAGCUGUUCCUACAGCAUGAACGGCAACUUGAACAAGGCUCCUCGAUUUGGGAAGGUCGAAGAUUUCAACAAGAACGAGUAUGAGCUCUACAAGUUGCACAGCCGCAUCGACGGCAUUGAAUUCUUCUGA